GCAGUACUACGAGAUGCUCUACAACACGGCGGACGAGCUGCUGAACCUGGUGGUGGACCAGGGCGUGAAGUACACGGAGCUGGAGUACAUCUACGCCCUGAACCUGCUGCACCGCAGCCAGACGGGCGUGGGCGACCAGACCACGCAGAACAUGAGGCUGCAGCGCCUCAAGGAGAUCAUCUGCGAGCAGGCUGCCAUCAAGCAGGCCACCAAGGACAAGAAGAUCACCACCGUGUGAGCCCCUCUGCCGCCCCCUCACCCGCCCGCGGCCGGCUGGCGGCACUUCCGAGUUUGUUUUUUGUUGGUUUUGUUCUGUUUUAAUCAAAGAAAAAGUGGGAGUUUUCAGGGCAUUGUGGUGAGGAGGGAAAUGCCAUUUGAGAUUUGGGUGGUUUUGGUGUGUGUCCAUGUAAUGCUUCUUUCAUGUUCUCCCAAAAGUGAUUCCGCAGCAGGAGCCCCAGCGGGGUUUGGGGUGGGAUAUUCGGCUUUGCUCUGUUGCUGCUGCUUUGCCUUGAGAUGUAAAGGGAGCUGUGGGGUGGGAAAAGGGAAAAUGGGCUCUUGGAAGUUCAGACCACACUAAAUAAUCAGCACCCUGCCAGUCAGUGCCAGGCCUGUUGAUCACACAUGGGAUCUUGAUGGUUUGGAGAUCUUUUUUUUGGAGCCUGCUCAGCUCUGCCAGUGCUCCCUCCAGGCUGUUCCCACGUGAAGUUUCCUGCUGUUUCCCCUGCUCAAAGCUGGGGUUGUUUGUUCCUUCAGGUGGUGAUCAGGCAGUGCUGCACGUGGGAGGUGACACGGGACCAUUUGUUUCCACUUCUCCUCUUUCAUUAUCCCGGAGCCAUCUGGUGCCGGCUCCCUCAGCACCGGGGGGGAUGCAGGAGAAAAUUGCCAAUAUAAAAUAACAAAAUAACAAAAAAAGCUUCCUUUUCUUGUCCUGAAUGUCAUCUCUGAGUCCCCCCAGCUCCAGGGAUAUUUUGUGGCUGUCACUUGAUGCACUGGAAGGGCUGGCAGGGUUGUGUAGCUCAGCACCAAUGAUCAGCAAGGGCAGGAGGGCACACCCAGGGCACACCCAGGGCACCAACUCUGCCCUGCCCUGACCCUUUAAAUUCACCUGGAAAAAUUCACCUCAUUCCUCCAAACUCUGAAUCCACUGCACUUGUAUUUGCCACAAAAACUGGGGACCCAGCUGGGUUUCCUGUGCUGGGAAAGGUUCUCUCUGAGCUGUAGGUGCUUUGUGUGUCAACCUUGAAAUUGCAGAAUUAAAGGAUGUUUAAAAUC